CUAGCCAAAGAUUAAGCCAAAGAUUAGAGGAGAGCUGGUCUUGUGGUAGCAAGUAUGACUUGUCCCCUUAGCUAAGCAGGGUCUGACCUGGUUGCAUAUGAAAGGGAGACUAGAAGCAUGAGCACUGUAAGAUAUUCCUCUCAGGGGAUGGAGCUGCUCUUCUGGGAAGAAUAGAAGGUUUCAAGUUCCCUCCCUGGCUUCUCCACGAUAGGACCGAGAGAGGUUGCUGCUUGCAACCUUGGAGAAGCCGCUGCCAGUCAGUGUAGACAAUACUGAGCUAGAUAGACCAACGGUCUGGCUCAGUUCAUGGCAGCUUCCUAUGUUCCUAGGUUCCUAGCCAAAUGGAUUACCAGACUGAUGGGUUUUGAUUUCCAGGUGGAAUAUCUUCCAGGACUUUCGAAAACAACCGAAGAUUAUCUUGACUUCCACUUGUAGGCCAAGAGGAGAUCCCAGAAGAUGAUGAUGAAACUUGACGCUUUGGAAUCGCGUGAACCAUGCCCUACAGCGCCAGCAGUGGACCUGACCUCGGAUGGGGAUGGUGCCCAGGCCACCUCUGAAACGUGCAGCAGAGACACGCAUCCUUCGGCUCCGCUUGGCCCUGGUGAGUUCUCGCACCACACCUGGCCCUGGGGGUUUUCCCCCUGGGCUCAGCCAUUUCACAUGUAUGGGUGGCACCCGGCCGCCGUUGCCUCCCCACCUCCUUACGGGGCAUGCACACAGGUUUGGCAGGGAGCAGCACCUGCUGUGGGUACCAUGUCGCCCGCUGCCUCGGGUGCUGUGUUAGAUGCUUCGGGGACACAGAUUCCUUACCCGCCAUGCGACACCUCUCUGCCGCUGGGUGAUCACCUGUUGCCCGCGGUUAAAGAGCGCAUUUGGCGCGGAGAAUUUGUAGAUAUCUUUCACCUGCUCUUUCGAGAGCCUGAGCCGGCCCAAAAGGAGGGAGAGCACAAGAAGGAUGAAGGGAAGUCCAAAUGCAAGCCUGUGGAACAUAACUGGGCUAACUGGUUGUCGGGUUACACGGUCUAUAUGGGGGUCGUGCUUCAGGUGCACACAUCCAGAGGACCUGCCAUGGUUAAGUACAUGGACAUCAUCCAUAGGGGGUACAUGGAUUUUAUGGGCAACGCCUGGGAGCGCUAUGAUUGCUCUUUUCGUUUGCGGGCCUCCCUUAACCCGGCUAUUCCGUGGGACAGGCAGCACCAGGAACUCUGGCUCCUAAUUAUGACCCCCUCGAGGCCCAUUCUGGGCGAACGGGCUGACAAUGGUCAUCUGAUUUCUAGAACUCCCGCAGCGCAGUCCUCAGGGCCUGCAGCUGCGCAGGGUGUUCAAAGUACCCUGCCGUGCUGGGCUUUCAAUACUAGUGGCAGCUGCAACAGGUCCCCUUGUAGGUUUAAGCAUGAGUGCGGUUUCUGCGGUGGAAAACACGCCAGCAUUCAUUGUCAGCGAGUCAGGGGCCCCCGGGCGGGUCCGAGGGAGCAGCAAAGCAGUAGCAGAAGGGGUGGAGGCACUGUACAAGGUGCCACCCCUGGAAAAGGGCCCUAGCCCAGUGAAGCUUCCGGUCUUAGAACGGCUCCUGCGGGACUACCCGCUUAGAGAGCAAGCACAGUAUUUGAGCCAGGGGGUUACUUUUGGUUUUCGCAUUCCCUACAUUGGUUCGAGAGUUCACAGUAUGUCCCCUAACCUUAAGUCCGUGGAGGGGAUGGAAGUGGUGGUGCUCCGCAAGAUUAACAAGGAGGUAGCUUUGGGGCGGGUUCUAGGCCCUUUCCGGGACUUGCCCCUACCAGAUCUGCGCAUUUCGCCAUUGGGGGUGGUGCCCAAGAAGGCACCAGGCGAAUACCACCUUAUUCACCACCUCUCCUUCCCACAUGGUUCCUCUGUUAAUGAUGGGAUCCCAGACAGCCUGUGCUCUGUGAAGUACACAUCCUUUGACCAGGCUAUCAGAGUAGUUCGUUCUUGUGGGAAGGGUGCCCUCCUUGCAAAAUGCGACAUUGAGUCUGCUUUCCGCCUCCUCCCGGUUCAUCCUGGGGAUUUUAAUCUCUUAGGUUUCGCCUUUCAGGGGCAGUAUUAUAUUGAUCGGGCUUUGCCCAUGGGCUGCUCGAUUUCUUGUGCAGCCUUUGAGGCUUUUAGCUCCUUUCUUGAAUGGGCCCUUCGGCGGGAGGCGGGUCUUGUUACCACGUCUCAUUAUUUAGACGAUCUUCUCAUGGUUGGCCGGCCUAGAACCAACCAAUGCAGGCAUCUGUUAGAGGUUUUUCAGCACCUUUGCGCAGACCUAGGUGUCCCAUUGGCUCAGGAGAAGACCGAGGGUCCUUCAGCUAUUCUCACCUUUUUGGGCAUUGAACUUGAUACCAUUGUGGGCUGUUCCAGACUCCCCCAGACUAAGUUGGACACUUUGCGGGCCUUGUUGGCAUUUUGCAUCCAGGCACGCAAGGUCACCCUUAAGCAGCUUCAACAGAUUAUCGGGCAUUUAAAUUUUGCAUGCCGGGUGGUGGUGCCCGGCCGGCCUUUCCUGCGCCGCCUAUGCGACGCCGUUAAAGGGGUCAGGUGCGGUCAUCAUAGGAUACGGGUCACUGCCCCCAUGUGGGCUGACCUCCGUCUGUGGGCAUCCUUUUUGGAAUCAUACAAUGGGGUUUCUUUCUGGCGCGAUUCACUCCUCUUGGAAGUAGUUCUACAAGUUCAGUCCGACGCUGCUGGAGGUUCAGGCUUUGGCGUUUAUUUCCGUGGCCGCUGGUGCGCCGAGCGGUGGCCGGCCGCUUGGGUAGCUAGUGGGGCCACCAGGGACUUGACAUUCCUGGAAUUUUUCCCCAUAGUCGUGGCUAUACAUCUAUGGGCAGAUCUCUUUAGGAACCAUACGGUGCGCUUUUGGUGUGACAACCAAGCCACUGUACAGGUGAUCAAUAGGCAGACUUCCAGGUCCCCCAGGGUGAUGUCCCUAGUCAGAGCAUUUGUCUUGGCCUGCCUGUCUAAUAACAUCCUUUUUCUGACUUGCCAUGUGCCUGGCGUGCAGAACGGCCUGGCGGACGCGCUGUCUCAUUUUCAGGUUCAGCGCUUUCGCCAGCUGGCGCCAGAGGCGGAGAGCUUGCCCGACCAGAUGCCGGCGUGGCUUUGGAGCCUUGGCGCCUAGAAGCCCAGAGGGCGGUCUGGGCCUCCUUGGCCCCCAGCACACGGGCAGCUUACUCUAGGCAGUGCAGGGCCUUUCAGGAUUUUAGGACUCAGGUAGGAUUGGGCCAGGACUGGCCCCCCCCUGCGGAGCAGCUGAUGCAGUUUUUGGUCCACCUUAAGGGUAAGGGUUUGUCUCCUGGGGCCAUGGCGGGUUAUUUAGCAGCUCUGGCUUUCCACGCUAAGGCACAGGGAAUGUCCGAUACAACCGGGGAUUUCAGGGUAAGGAGGAUGCUGGAAGGUUGGACACGGGAACACCCGGUCCCACUUGACAGUCGACGGCCCCUUCUUCCCGCUGCCAUACAGGGCGCGGUCGGGCAGUUCUCAGCGAUCUGCCGGUCUCCAUAUGAGGCCUCUCUUUUUCACGCAGUCACUCUUGUUCUGUUCUUUGGUGCCUUUAGAGCCGGUGAAUUGCUCCCCAGGGGUCAUCGCAGCCCCGUACUCAAGGUGGUACAGUUUGGGGAUGUCAGCUUGGGGCCGGAUAUAGCACAGCUGCGUCUUAGGUUUUCCAAGACCGACCAACGGGGCAGGGGACAGUGGGUGUCAUUACACAGAGCCGACAAUGCGCUCCUCUGCCCGGUACGUGCUUUGGGUAGUUACAUGACCCGGCGGGGAUCCGCUCCCGGAUGCCUAUUCGUACACGAAGAUGGGCGCCCCCUUUCCCAGUACCAGUUCUGGACGGUGGCACGGCGCGCACUGAGUGCGGCCGGGGCAGAUACUGCGCAGCUGUCUCUACACUCAUUUCGCAUUGGAGCUGCUUCAGCUGCCUCCCGGUUGGGUCUUUCGGGUGAGACCAUUCAGCGCAUUGGGCGUUGGCGGUCUGCCACAUACAAAAGAUACGUGCGAUAGAGCAUUGGUGACGGCACUGACGGUUUUUUCUCUUUACAGGCCCUGAACGACGGGCGGCGAGGGCUCGUGUACUCAUUUUGGGCCACUCCAUUGUUUUCUGGGCGCAUAAGGCGGCUCGAGUGGCGCAGCCUGGAAGCAGCUGGGACUGGGUCAAUGGGCAGACAUCUCCUGGAUUGGUCGCAGGGGCAUGGUCAUCACCCAGUUUUUACCCAUGCUGCAGGAAUUUCUGGCGGUGAAUCCGCCGCCUGACAUUUUGGUUCUUCACCUGGGGGAGAACGAUUUGGGGUCCAAGUCAGGCUUGUCCAUUUUCCAUAGCUUGCGCAAGGACAUUUUACUAGUCCUGGAAUGGUGCCCGGGGAUUCUCAUUCUAUGGUCGGCCAUGCUCCAACGCAGAGUUUGGAGAGGCGCGAGGGACACUUACAGGGUGGAAAGGGCUAGGAGGAAGGUUAACGCACAGAUGGCACGUUUCGUAGCGGCCAUCGGAGGGGGACCUAUAGACCAUCCCAGUAUUCUUUUUUCUGAGCCUAGUUUGUUUAGGGGGGACGGUGUCCACCUUUCGCCCAGUGGCACCAGUUCGUUUUUACGUGAGCUAGAGCAGGGAUUGGCUGUUUAUCUGCGCUCUUGGUGGGGUGGCUCGGGUUAAGCUAGGCUAACCUGUGCUGUGGCAGGUGCAGUGCGGUUGGAAAAUGAUUUUAGGCUGGUGAACACCUUCGGGUAAGCGUUUGGCUAUGGGUUGAGAAGGGCAUCUCCCUAGAGACUGCACGGCUCAGGGAGAUCUGCCCUUGUUAACCUACCCUGGCAGGCUAAGCCCUUAGAAAUCGCUGUACGGCUACCUUGGGGUGAUGCUAGCCAAGGGCCCGGCACUAGGCUGGCUAGGAUAGGCAGCCCUGGAUUUGGGAACAUUUAGGGUUGCCUGGAGCCAAGGUGUAUCGCCCUAUACCAUAGGUUAGGCAUGCCCUGGGGGCGCAUGCCUAUAGUUACGCACUGCCAAGAGGGAAGCCAUCCCUGCUCUUCAAGUUCUUGUUAAAGUUAAAUAAAUUGUGGCCCAAUUUUAUACCAAAA